AUGCGCUCAAACUGGACCGAGAAUGUCCGAAAUGCGGUACGGAGCAGUUUUGACAAUUUCCUCCCCCGCUUCAGUGAGCCUGUUGUUGAAGACAAUAGCCUGAUAGCCCGCAAUUCCAACUCUUCCUGUGCCUCUCAUUCAAGCCAGAAGAGGGUCCCAAUACCCCAGCAAGGUUCAAGGGAGUAUCUCACCAAGCGCCUGAACAACUAUAUUAGAGACAACGAUCCGGCGCAGAAUGAUCCAAUACCAAUUGAAGACGACGAUCAGGAAGACACAUCAGAAAACAAUCCCAGCAUCCGGCUGCGAACCUCAAAGCCUCUCUUGCAGACACGCUCUCCGCAAAAUCAUGAAGCUUCGUCUGUUAAGCACGCACCCCCCAGACAUAUGCCUACCAGAUAUCCUGCUGAGAGGGAGCGUGGUACGACUGAGCGAAGGAGCAUAGAUAAUUCACAAUCUGCACACGAAAAUUGGCUUCUGGGUGUAGCAAGCAAGCCUGAACCUGGUUUUGUGACCAUACAAGAUCCCAUGAAGCAGCCAUCCAGUCUUGCGCCUGGCUAUAGACCGGUGAACACAUUGAACGGGGCUCGCCCUCCAGCACGACCCGGACAUAUUCACUCAACCGCGCAUCCAAGCCGGGGACCUCAGUCACAUGCCUUCCAGUACGGUGAUCAGACCAAGGGAGAUGCUCUCAACCAUCGACACAAGCGACGCAAAUUGGAACAACCCCGAACAGCAAGACAGAGCAACCAAGAUCCGAUUGAUAUCGGGGAGAGUCAGCAAGCGGAAGACUCACUCGAUGAGCUAGGGAUGAGUCCUGCCUUUGGAAAGGGACAUACCCACCAACGUGAUGUUGGAGCUUUUGAGGACAAACGGAAGGCGAUACCUGCUCAAAAUCUGAGGCGUGCGGAGAUGUCUGCUUCGUCCGAGGAUGAAAGUACCUUCACCAAGGCUUCGGCACAGCAGAGAAGAGCCGGACAAGAUGAAUCCUUGAAGACUUCUUCUGUAAUUCAGCGGUCCCAUGCGACGCAAGCAAAGGUUGCUUCUCCCUACUUUGGCAAGUCCGAGCCUCCAGGGAGAACAAGCAAAGGUGUACGGAAGACCCGGCAACCGAAGUCCCUAGGACAAGAAAGCCCAGAUGCUUUACAGGAAUCCUUCUGCAUAUCUCAUCCUCGACCGGCCAAGCAGAAUCCAACAUCUCUUGAUAGUGUGCCUGCCACUACGUUUACUCGGAAUCUUUUAGGAAACGACAAGAACAGUGCUAUAACGAAUGCGACCAAGAAGCCUAUUACAAAAACACAAACUCUAUCGCCGAGAACUUUCAAACUCCUGGAAUUUGUGUCAGUCCCAGACUCUUUCGCAGAUGCAUCCUUGAUCCUGGAGGUGGAUGAACGGACCAAGCGUCUCGAGAUCAGUACGGACAUGAAGGAACUCGACACAGCUCCCUUGCAGAUAUGCUUAAUGGAGAAGAUCAAUGUCCUUAUGCAUGAAAACCAAUCUAAUUUGGUGCGCCUUGACUGUCCACGUCGUGGCAAUACUUCAACGCAAACGUAUCUUCGCUUAGAGUCCGUGAAGGCAGCAAAUGACUUCGUCACGCUGCUGCAGAAGCUGGGCUGCCCUCAUCAUACCAAAACGAAGGACAAUGGUUGGAUAGAGACCGCGCUGGAGAGGGCCAAGGACGAAAUGGCUGGUCGGCAUCAAAAGCAAGCGACCGAAGAAGGUUCUAUCAUCUGGCAAAGCUCCGAGCAGACAAAGUCAAGCAGAAAGUAUCCGCACGUAAUCCAACAAGACACAGCACGAAAACAAACCCGUCUCAUCGAUCGGUUGGAUCUGCCUGCUGUUGCUUCCGAACAACCUACCGUCAUCACUGGCGCCGAGCGACCAGGGAACGACGAUUCGAGGCCAAUCCAACAUAGCCGCAACGUCCAGUCGAGUUUCAUGAACCUUGACCGGCCAGACAGGUCACACGAAGACGCAAACCCCUUAAGACGGGUCACUAGAUCUCGAGAACCUGCGAAAAAGGACCAGCGCGAUCAAAUCCCAGAUAGUUUUCGACAACCAGCUAAGGUAUCAGACCUCGAGAUUCUGGGAAAUCCAUGGAAAAGUGACUUGAAAUAUCCGAUUACUGAGAAACGCUCUGGUACCGUACCUUACGAGGACCUCGCCCGACUAGGCCACGAUGAAUUCCUAAACGACAACUUGAUCUCUUUUUUUGUUCACUACCUGGAGAAUAAGAUCAAGUCUACGAAACCUGAAUUGUCCCCGAGAAUUCAUAUCUUCAACACAUACUUUUUUGAGACUCUAACGAAGACGCCGAAGGGCCAGAAAGGAAGAGGAAUUAAUUAUGAAGCCGUCAGCAAGUGGACCAAGGCUGUGGAUCUCUUCAAGCGUGAUUUCGUGGUGGUUCCAGUGAAUGAAAACUUCCACUGGUAUCUUGCCAUCAUUUGCAACCUCCCAUACUUUCUUCCGGAGUCGGAGCAAGGAGCCAGGGAGGAAAUACAGCCCUUAAUUCUCGAAGAUCCUUCUGCGCCAGUUGAAACAACCGAUGGAGACGCAUCUGAGGAGCAGACACAGAAAUCAUUAGCAGAGCUUUCCAUUAGCGAUUACGACACUUCGCAUCAGACUGCCUCCAAGGCCAAGGCAAAAAAGGGACCUGGGAAGCGCAGGGUCAGUCGACUACCAAAAUAUGACACUGACAAGCCUGUUAUCAUCACUUUGGAUUCACUCGGUACUCCACGUUCUGCGACAAGCUCCAUUCUCAGGCAGUAUGUGGCGGCGGAGGCUAAGAAUAAAAAGGGUCUUGACCUUGAGCCUAGUGACCUUCGGGGAAUGACAGCUAAAAAGAUUCCCACACAAAGCAAUUUCAGUGACUGCGGUUUGUAUUUGUGUAUGUAUCUGGAGCAGUUUGUUGCAAAUCCAGACACAUUCGUCUACAACAUUUUACAGCGGGAAGAGAAUACCCAUCAAUGGCCGGAGACUAUCCGAGGUCAAGAUCUGAGAGGAAGAUUAAGAGAUCUACUUCUUGAACUACACAGAAAGCAAGAAGGCCAGCCUUCGAAGAUGGAGAUUCCUGAGGUUGGAAGGAUCAUGAUUGGCAAAAUUAGAUCACCACCCUCAAGAUCUCAACAUUUAUCUUCUCCAACCGAUGAGGAGGUUGAUGAUCAAAAGCCAGGCUUACGACGUACGCAUUAUGAUGGCGAAGAGCUAUCUUCGCAUUCGAAAAGCACACCCGCGUCAUUGGAUACUGAUUUUAGUAAGGAUGCCCAAUCUGGAAGAACGGUCAACGGGCCUAGUGUUCCAGGCGGGACUACGUCCGCAGCUGAUCAAGGCAGAUCGCGUGAUGGUUCAAGCUUGGGGAAAAGCUCUGGAGAAGUAGUGCAAGUUGCAGCAUCGCCUCCAGCUAGUCACAAUCGCCACCGAGAAAACCACAAGGACUCUUCCGAACUAGCCGCACAUCUUCGCACCUCAAGGAAAAGACAGCGGCCGGCUCGUGAUGACGAUGAUGUGCAUCAACAAAUUAGACCGAAAAGCCCAUCAACUGAAUUUUUAUCAGGGGUCGAAAGCUAUGUUGGCAUGCAAGGAAGUUCUUCGGCGGGGGAAAAUCCGAGCCUUACGAACGAAAGCAUACUGGAUGAUGAAGUUUCAAGCAGGCGGCGCAAAAGAACGCGGCAUUUGGACAAGUUCGCGGGCCACUCCCAAGAAUCAGCCAUGGAUGCCCAGGCACACAGCGAGGCUCCACUAAGCCUCAAGCAUAACGAAAAGACAUCAAUGCAGCAGCUUAUUCCGACGAAGAAACGUCAAAUUGACAUGGGUGAGGUUGAGAUCUAUGAAGACACGGAUGAGGAACAGAUUGGAGGUUCUGGCACGGCAUAG